GGCAGCUGCUUUCAACCUUCCUGGCAUUCAGUACUAUGCAGCCCUGGCAGUGCUCCUGCUGUGUUAUACUAGGUAUCCCGUGCACCGGACGUACCGGACAUACCGGCACACCGACCGCCGAACAUUCAUGGAAUAAUUUUGCGAUCUGCUUGCUAUCUGGAACGUCACCACUACAAUUGUCCUGGCGCCGCCUUCCUCCUUUCUUAUAUUUUAGCGUCGCAUUACUAGCUUUUUGCCAACUUUAUAGACUUGCAGAUAGAGCACGAUUAAAUUUGUGGGUGCCUUCUUUUUUUUGCCAAAGAAAAAGAAACAUACGAACCCUGCAAGCACCCAUCCAGACUUUGACCUUUUGAAUAGAAACCCCGGUGUCUUCUAUACCCACUAGCCAUGUCUUUGAGACAUCUCACUAUGUCGCGCUGGCUUUCCCAAGCUUCCGGUCUUGAGUGGCAUGUGCUACCGUCAAGAUUAACCAGGACAAACGUCCAGAUGACCCAGCCACCAGCUUCCUUUAAUACCUUCCGCCGCGCCUUUUCCCUUUCAGCCGACAAAAACAGCUUUCUUUCUAGCCGAAUAAGACCCCGGUCUAGUAACAUGCGGAACUUUUCUCGUACCCAACAGGCUCCGGUUUUCCGUCGAUUCUUUAGCUCAUCCAGGUCAAACAGCUCACCGCAGUCGGGGCAAUCUGGUUCGCUCUCACAGCGGUUAAAGGCGCUUUCUCGGGAGUACGGCUGGUCCGCCUUGGGGGUGUAUCUACUCUUGUCUGCAAUGGAUUUCCCGUUCUGUUUUGCCGCCGUUCGCUUCCUUGGGGCGGAGAAAAUCGGUCAUUAUGAGCAUGUAGUCGUUGAGGCUUUUAAGGGUGCAGUCGGCACUGUGCUUCCCAGUGUGCAAGAGGAGCAUUUCAAUGAGCAGACAGAUCCUAGGGCCGAUCCUUCAAAGUGUGAUGUGGAUGGGAGUGUGGUGGAGAAAAAGUUAGAUGAAGGGGCGAGUCUAUGGACACAGGUUGCGCUUGCCUAUGCAAUCCACAAGAGUCUUAUAUUCAUUCGUGUGCCUCUGACUGCUGCUAUAACUCCCAAAGUUGUCAAGGCCUUGCGGCAAUGGGGCUGGGAUAUUGUCAAAGGUAAACCGAAGGGUAUGUAAUUCGGCCCAUUGCUUUUCAAGGACAUGAAAGGCAUGUCUGCCCACCUUUCUUUUUCUGUAUGGUUUGGUGGCACAGCAAUGGUCAACUAGAGAUCAGUUUCACGGUUUAAUUGUACAUUAGCUGUUAUAUCUAGAUUCCCGGGGUGCAUGACUUUUUAAGUGUUCCUCUCCA